GGAAGGGGCGGCCCCCGCACCGGGAGCGCUGCCGGGAGGCUCUGAAAGGGCGGCCCAAGCGGGCUCGCUUCGCCUGCGCCAAACACGGGGCUGCUGCGGGGACAUCCGUGAGGAGCCGCUGGAGGAGACAGGGCCGCUGCUGUGCUUCCCCGUGACAGCCUUUGGCAUCUGCAGCUUCAGCAGCACGGCGUCAGACGUCCCGCAGACCUAAAAGGGUUGCAGGAACAUGGACAGUUAGUAAGAAGAGCAGAACUAAUCACAAAGCACUGGAUGGGGAUCUAUUUUCUGCUGUUAACUGUAGGGCUCUGCUGGGGGCAGUACAACCCCAACACUCUCCCAAAGAGAACAUCUAUUGUGCAUCUCUUUGAAUGGCGCUGGCAGGAUAUUGCUCAGGAGUGUGAACGCUACUUAGCUCCUAAUGGAUUUGGAGGUGUUCAGAUUUCACCUCCAAAUGAAAAUGUUAUCAUUACUGACCCCCAGCAACCAUGGUGGGAAAGAUACCAGCCUGUCAGCUACAAGCUGUGCACAAGAUCUGGAAAUGAAACUGAAUUUAGAGACAUGGUGACCAGGUGCAACAAUGUUGGAGUGCACAUUUAUGUGGAUGCAGUAAUCAACCAUAUGUGUGGAGCUAAUGCUGGGGCUGGUGACCACGCUACUUGUGGAAGCGAUUUCAAUGCAAAGACUGAAGAUUUCCCAGCUGUGCCCUAUUCUGCCUGGGACUUUAAUGAUCAUAAAUGUAAAUCUAGAAGUGGAAACAUUGAGAAUUAUCAUGAUAUAUCUCAGGUGCGGGACUGCCGCCUGGUCAGCCUGCUGGACCUGGCCCUGGGGAAGGACUACGUGCGCUCCAGGAUUGCCGAGUACCUGAACCAUCUCAUUGCCAUCGGCGUAGCAGGGUUCCGGAUCGACGCUGCCAAGCACAUGUGGCCUGCGGAUGUCAAGGCGAUUUUAGACAAGCUGAAAGAUCUAAAUACUCAAUGGUUUCCUGCAGGAACUAAACCUUUUAUUUACCAGGAGGUAAUUGACUUGGGUGGAGAGCCCAUCAAAAGCAGCGAAUAUUUUGGAAAUGGCCGAGUGACAGAAUUCAAAUACGGUGCCAAGCUGGGGACAGUGAUCCGCAAGUGGAGUGGAGAAAAGAUGGCCUACUUAAAGAACUGGGGAGAAGGCUGGGGCUUUGUGCCUUCCGACAGAGCCCUGGUCUUUGUGGAUAACCACGACAACCAGAGAGGACACGGGGCUGGUGGAGCUUCUAUUCUAACCUUCUGGGAUGCCAGGCUCUAUAAAAUGGCGUCUGGUUUCAUGCUUGCCCACCCGUACGGGUUCACACGUGUGAUGUCAAGUUUCCGCUGGCCAAGAUAUUUUGAAAAUGGAAAGGAUAUCAAUGACUGGGUUGGGCCCCCAAGUAACGCGGAUGGCUCCACAAAGCCUGUUACAAUCAACGAGGACACGACCUGCGGCAACGACUGGGUUUGUGAACAUCGCUGGCGUCAAAUCAGGAACAUGGUUAUCUUCCGUAACGUGGUGGAUGGUGAGCCUUUCUCCAACUGGUGGGACAAUGGCAGCAAUCAAGUGGCUUUUGGCCGUGGUAAUAAAGGCUUCAUCAUCUUCAAUAAUGAUGACGGGUCCUUGAAUGUAUCUCUGCAGACUGGUCUGCCUGCUGGCACUUACUGUGAUGUCAUUUCUGGGCAAAAGGAAGGUGACUUCUGUUCAGCAAUUGAAGUUCAUGUUGCUGCUGAUGGCAUGGCUAAUUUCCUGAUUGGGAAUGAAGAUGAAGACCCAUUCAUUGCCAUUCAUGUUGAUGCUAAAUUGUAACCAGAUGUGUUGUGCAUGUGCUGUUCCUUCUCCUCUGUAUCUUUGAUAACAGCAGACAGAUGUGCAGAAUGUCCUGGCUCUCCGCACUGCAUGAGCCGAGACCGAGCAGUGUGUGUUAGCUGUAAUACUAAUGAAAUAGUGAACAGCUGCUGUACAGAGAAGGGUGCUGGUAGUGCCAGUGCAGAUCUGGGGGUGGUGCUGUAUAUCUGUGGAUUUGUAAGUGCACUUUAUUCAGUUAAGGUACUAAUAAAAAAUGGAAGGAGAAGAUUGACAUUAUUAAAUUUAAAAUCGUGCUGCUCUUUGCAUAAGUGGAAAUGUAGUUCUCUUUAGGGGCAAGCAGGACUGGGAAUUGACAGGCUAUCCAAAAACCAAGAGAAGACCCCUUUGUGCUGAAACAUGUCACAUUCAAGUUGAUAAAAAGUUUUAUCAAUUGAAGAUGUAUUUCUUCUGUUGGACUGUACAUUCCUUCUAUCUGGUGAAUAAAAAAUAGCAUUGAGAUCAA